AUGGAUGCGACCAACGGGCAGAAGCCCCUCGUGGGGCAACCUACGACAGGAGGAGGAUCUACCUCCGACAAGGGUAAGGAGUGGCAAAUGGAGUUACUGAUGGAAAAAUUGCGCUCCAAGGCUUCCACGUUUAAACCUUUGGUGGAGACUGCCAAAAACAUGCGCAUGGCCAUGUUGGACAAGCGUUUUGCGAUUGACAGCAUAGAGAAGAAUCAAUUGCAGAAAUGUUUGGAUACUCUGCAGCAUUCUAUCAAGGUCACUUCCUUCCAAUCCAUGGUAGAGCGUUUAGAAAGCUUAGCAAGGCAGUUAGGAUUAAAGUUCAUGAUGUCUGGUCCUCCAGGCACGGAAAUAUUUAUAUCCUCCGACAUGUUCUUCUUAGAAGUCCUAUUAGAACCUUCAGGGCUUGUCAGAGAUGUAAAAAUCCAUCAUGAGGGAAAAAGUGAACAACAGAGUUGCGAAGCACUCGCAUCGGCGCUGUCGCGCGGUGACUUUGUUGAUUUCACCACUCAGCUGGAAGGACUGGCGUCGAUAUAUCAACUGAAUGCCGAUAAGAAAGUGAAGUGCAAGGCAUUCAGCGCCCUGCAAUCCCUCGAGGCUGACCUGGGUGUUCUGGCGCAGCUGCAAACAUUUAUGAAAGAGCCGUUCAAUCUGGUUCACAAGAGCCCUGUUGGAAUUUUGGAAAGAAGAAAAGGUGGUCACCCGAUGAAAUUGACGUACUUCGUCUCGCCAUACGAUUUAAUCGACGAAGAGAAUCGAACCUAUGACACUUUGAAUCCUGAUACGAUCAUUAAAAGAAAAAUCGGGCACUCAGUGACUGUUUGUAUGGAAGGUUCGACGGGCCACAAGCUGCCUACUUCCAGUAUUAUAACUGUAAACCGAAGUCCUACAGGCAAGAGCACUCCUUCGUACGCUCCACUGACCAGUACAAAUUCCUCCAUGUUGCCCGCUUGCUUUGUUUUAAAACUUGGCAAGAAGAUGCCCAUCUGUAUGGAGCUGGUGAAGAGGAUACAGAAAGUCACGGAGCUUGAGUGUGGCGACAUCUCCGCGCCACAUCCGAUGCUCAGUCUGAUAAUACAACACGCGAGCGACGGUCAGCUGGAUUGCCGAAACAACAGAGGUUUAUAUGUGACCUUACCGGAUCAACAGCACUGUUACUUCAUGACGGAAAACAAGAAUAUGGAGGGCGUGCUUGUAUGCAGUAUCCCGUUCACACACCCCGCGCACGUGCCGCAGAUCCUGGUAUAUCUGCGACAGCAGGCGUUAUUCAAUUGCCUGAUCGCGAGCUGCGUGCGGCCGAUGGCACGUCAGGAUCCGGAACAUACUACCAUACUUGAGAUAAGUGCCCUUUCGUGGCAGCACAUUAGCGUGAGUGUGGAACAUCCAUAUGAAGAGACGAUGGCCACCGCGGAACUAGAUCUAACGGACAUAUCGACGCUCAAGUGCCGGUUGUACGGCGUGAGUAUGACUACGAACGCGGAACAGAUAUCGGAUCUCAGUGGUAGGGUAUUGCAACGUUGCCUCAGCAUUCCAUUGACCAUACGAGUAUUGCUGAAGGUCUGGGAAGGUCGGCCUUUGCCUGCGGUGAUGAACAACUUGACCAGCGGCAGCGGCAGCAGCAACGGUAGCUACAGUCUUAAUCUGGGAUCCGGUGGUAAGGAUCAGACCGGGCAAAACGCGUCUGGUGCCGCACCUGGCAUGCCAGACUUCACGAACGGUGAGACAAAGGUGAAGCAAGAACCCGGUUUGAACAACGGCAGUAAUGGAUGUAUGGGAGGCAGACAAACACAGCAACAACAAUCUUCGUCGAAUCAAUUGCAGCAACAACAGCAACAGCAGCCUUUUUUAGAUGCCGGAACGGAAAAUAGUAUCGGUUUUCCGUCGUAUUCCGGCCAAUCCGAUACGACGACAAUGACGAUGAGCAUCUCUGGGACGAACAACGCCUCUGCCUCUAUGCUGAACCCAUUGCAGCUUGGUGCACUGCUGGGACAAGCAAAAAACUCCAUGACGGGUAAUUCAAACACGAAUGAACGUGGCAAAAAGACGCGGAAAAGGAAGACAGGCACAGACGGUCUUUGGCGUAGUCCAAAACGAAAGAGCGACGGUGGAGAUAGCAUCACGACAGAGAUUCUGUUGGAGAGCUCGAGUUCGGAGAACUCGACACCGCUGGGAACGCCCACAGGCGGUCGAGAAAAUCUCACAUCGGAGACUAGAACAUCUACACCGACUUCAGCUACUAGUUUGACGAGCGGUAUGGAUUUUUCGAACUUGGAUACUACCGACAUACUCGAUAAGAGUGCCUCGGAUUAUGAUCUCGACAAUUCCGAGAGAGACAGUGAGAUCAUGGAAGUGCAACAUAGUGGCGCUGAACAGCAACAGCAACAGCAGCAGCAGCAGCAACAGCAGCAGCCACAGCAAGACGUGGAGGAAUUGAUAAAACGUGAAUCUUCAUCGUCACGCAAGUCGAAGAAGAGUCGAAGUGGCGGUGGUAGCGAAGAAAAGAAGUCAAGCCCAACAAGAAUAUUCGUCGACGAGACUUCGACGACGAACAAUGGCAACAAAAGUCUACCGGUGCCACCAUCAGUGAGUAUCACCCCGAUCGGUAAUCUGGAUCAAGCAAACACCACCAACUAUAACUCCGUGCUCACGGGCAUGGGUUUGGAAAGGAGACCUGGUAUCGAGAUUAUACCGAUCGCCUCAUCGCCAUCGCAGACUAAUUUGCCAAGUUCAAUUACCAUCACGCCGAUUGCUGGUCCGGCACCAUCACAGAAGACUAGCGGUCUGACAAGUGCAACGGAAGAUCGCCAGCGAAGUGAACGGAAGAGCGGCGGCGGAAAGAGCAGUGGCAGCAGUAGCAAAAGCAGCUCCGAAGAUAACAAGAGCGGUGGAAACAAGUUGGAGAAACGGCGCAAACGUAAACGGGAAGACAGCCCAAUGGGUCCACCGGACAAGGUUCCGUCGAGUGGCAAGCAGCAGCAAGACCCACUCUCGAAACCGGUAUCGGUGAGCAUUAAACCCAGCACCGAGCAAUCACCGCCGAGCGGUAGUAAUGCUGGCGUCGGUCUGAGCUGCUCGUCCACGCGGCCCACUUCACCCGCGGCCGUACGGAAGUUCAGUCCGUCGCCUACGCAUUCGAGUUCGCUCGCCACGCUCGUAGGCAAGUCCAGUCCUACCUUGAAGGCUGGUCAGUCAGCAGCGAUAACCUGCGGCAAGCCAGUGCAAAGUCCGAAGCACUCGCCCGUCUAUAGCAGCAGUCCGAAGCACAACACGCCAAACGUGUCGGUGGUUCCUAUGUCAGUCCCGAUGUCGCUAUCCGUGUCCACGGUGCCCAACACAGUAGGCAAUGUGCCUUCCGUAGCAGUGUCCGUACCGGUCCCGGUACCUGCUAGUGCAAGCCCAAAACAUGGCAACACUUCGUCUCCAAAACAUGGUAGCUCGGCUGCAAGCAGCGGUAAACCCAGUAUGUCCGCUCUGAAAUCAGCGGCGAACUCGCCGUCUAGUAAGAGCAGCGGCAGUAGCUCUUCCGACACGAUAGCGACUCCAUCCAAAGUAAAGUCCUCCUCUUCGUCGUCCUCCAGUAAGGAAUCCUCCGGUCGCGGAGACAAGGAGAGACGAACCUCAUCCAUUAGCUCAUCCGGCGGUUCGGGCGGCGGCCAUCAGAGUCCCAAGACUAAGUCCUCCAGUGGUAAGCUAAAGCAGUUGGAAAUGAUCCCUUCCGGCGGCGGUGAAGCCCAGGUCUCCUCUCUGCAGGCCUCUGGCGGAAGCACUCCACCAUCCGGACAGAUUGAUGCAGCGAGCAAAUCUGCGAUUGCCGCCCAGCAGGCUCGAAAUCGCAAAAGUUCUCUUAACGCCGUGAUCGAUAAACUAAAAAUAAACGCGCAGCACUGUACUGAAACCGAUGCCUGCGGGAACGGUGGCGGUACAGUGAAAGGUAGCGGAUCCUCUGGUCUUGGAGGUGGCAGCACUGGUGGAAUGAGCAGCGCUCAGAAGGAUAAAAGCCUCGGCGGCAGUGGUUCGUCGUCAUCGAGUGGAGGGAAAAUCGUCGAGGGAGGAAAGUCUUCUUGCGUUACCAAGAAUGCAUCCGUGGAUGCAAAGAAUCCCGCUGAAUACAUGGUGAAGCACAGCUCAGAUCAAGGGAUCAAGAUCACCAUCAACAAGACUCGCACCAAGGAUUCCAAGCAGUCGGCCGCCAGUCUGAAGCUGUCGUCGGGAGGGAUGACAGCCGCGAGUUCAUCUUCGAGCUCCUUGUCGUCCGUAGCUUCUUCGUCAUCGUCAUCGUCCAGCAACGUUACCACCGGCAGCAAUGGCUCGCCGAAGACGCAUACGGGUCUCAAACCUGGCGUAAACUCCGGACCGGCUUCGAAGAAACCGCAAACGUUACAGUCUGCCCAGAAAUUGCUGCCCGCAAAGAUGAUGCUGGCCGCCGCCGGUAUAAAGUCCGCCAUAUCCUCAGGCACGACGAAUACCGGCGGUGGUGCGAGUAUCACGGCGAGCGCAACGGGUGGUAUCGGGGGAAAUCUAUCGAAGAGUAGCUCAACUUCCAAAUCUUCCGGUUCACCGAAGACGAGCUCCGGAGCAACUGAUCUAAGUCGCGGCCGAGACAAACCUCGAAUCCCCAAGUCCGGCGACAAGGGAAUAUUCGCGUCGAAGGGCCUCGGCGAUGCCAGGAAGUCGAGCCCGUCUGCUUUGCGGGAAGAAAGCGAGAGCGAGCGCGCGUUUAAGCUGUUGGCCGCGCACGCGUCUAUCUCCAGUCUUCCGCCGAGCCUGCCGCCUCAACUGGUGAUGGAGGGCCUGAUGAAGCAAUUAGACACUAAGUUUCAGAUACCGAAGCUGUCUGCUCGCGCAAACGUCGCGGAUGCUGAUAAAAAUAAGUCGUCGGAUAAGCUCUCCAUACUGUCUGAUUCUGGUAAGCAGACCCUCGACGGUCUGAAACAGGAACAGAGCAAGAUCGCCGGUUUGUCCAACGUCACCGUGUCGGUAUCCAAAUCGUCGCUAUCAGACGAUCAAUCGAGACGAGACCAUUCGCAGAAUAAACCAGACAAUCUGUCGAUCGCUACGUCCGCAACUGGCUCGAUGUCUUUGAAUCUCGUCGGGGAGAACGCUGGUUUGAUGCUUCCUCCGCAAUCGGCUGCCGAUUCGGAUGUACCUACGAACCUGUGCAUUCAACCGAUGGUGGACAACGAGCCCUCCCGCGAUUCCUGCAAGGAUUUAGGUUUGAGACAAACGUCGACCGGUCAGCAGUUUCUCGGCAAGAUCGACGAUACAAGCGCUGGUGGAAUUCUCUCCAAGGGCAAUGUUCCUGAUCAGUUGACGUCGUCAGGCGCCAAGUCCUACGCAUCGAUGACAAGCUCCAGCACUUCGACCGCGUCGACAGGCGUCUCCGAGAGCCUGAAUCUGAGUACCAAGCCUGCCGAUCAGGCAGCUCUGCAAACCAAAUACAAUAAGAUCACCGAGGAGAAGAAGCAGCAGCAGCAGACGUCAUCAUCGUCUUCCUCCACAUCAUCGUCAUCCUCAUCAUCGUCUUCGAUUUUUUCGUCGCUGGGUAAUGUCGUGACUACGUCGGAUAGUAACCCGAACGUCAUGACGUCCGAUAGUGUCGGUGGCGGUGGUGGCAAUGGCGGUAGUGGUGGAGAACAGGAGGUAGCGGCAGCUGCAGCUGCGGCAGCAGCGGAGAUGCUGCUGGAUUUUUCCGCGACGAACAAGGACCCGAUGACGAAGGGGAGCCACGGCCUGCCAGCAUCCUUGACGCAGCAUCAUUUGACAACGAUUCCGGAGCGGGCAAUGACCCAGGCGGCGCCGACGGUGCGUCGCAACACACCGCCACCACCGCCGCCCCCGCCGCCGCUUCCGGCCCCGUUUCCGCCCGCUGCCAGUCCGUCCGUCAGUGUACACAUCGUCAAGAGCCCGGCACCGAGCCCCCGAGUGAUUCCACCUUCUCCCCAUUCGUCCGCGUCGCCCUGCAUCACCGACGACGAACUCAUGGAUGAGGCCCUGGUCGGUAUGGGUAAAUGAAGAUUACUCAAACUGUAAGACGAAGAGAGAAUACUCGCCUCUUUCGCUCUUCGACGUUCUUAAACUGGGGAAGAGGGGAGAACCCAUCAGAAACUGGAACACCCUGAGAGAGAGACUUUUCUCCCAAAAAUUGUACAAACUGCAUCCAACUUUUUCCUCGAAAUUAGAAGUUAUUCGAGUGUUCUCUCUACCUCUCAUUCUCUCUUUCUCUCUACUCUGGUGGACCACACUAUGUAUAUGUUAUUAGUUAGAUCUUCGAUUGUAGUUUCCGUAUUGACCUGUUAAAGCUCAUCAAUGAUCGUAUUUCGAUAAGUGCAUUAUAUUCGUUGUGAUCUACUCGGAAAGACUGACGUGAUAUGAAAACGUAUUUCGUAUUUCUGAGGCGAUCAAAUCGAUGUACUUGAAGCUUGAGUGUGAGAAGAAUGUGAGUGUAUUCGGUUCUACUUUCUUUUCUGAAAGAUGAAUUGAACUGCGUAAAUAUAUGUGUAUGCAUGGCAAAAUUGAGACAAAUGCAAUUGGAGCAUUAUUAUCUGCAGCGUAAAUGAAGUGUAAGUGCGCCGUAAAUCCUGUUUUUUUUUUCUUUUUUUUCUACCGACAAUGGUACCCUUCCAUCAUUCUUCAUGUUACAUCUUCAGCAGAUGUCGUGCUUCCGGGAUAUUCGAAGUUAAGUGAUUCUUCAAUGAUGACGCGACAGCUCGUGUCCAUCCGAAUUAAGUAUUCCCCAAUACUGCCAAGUGUAUAUCGAUCGUUUUUAAAUUCUCUCGAGAAAGAUUUCCAUUGCCCUUCCCUUUCCUGCGUGAUUUCUUCACGAGACACAUUAAAUUCUGUUAGCGCCUUUAGCGCUACAGUCGCUACGUUCCUUUUCUCGGACAGUUCUCCGGGGAUUUCGUUUCAAUGAUGCGAGUGAGAAUGCCGGUGCUGCGCGAUGUGCGCUUCUGAUGUGCGAGCGUUAGUGUUAAAAAGGCUGUGUCUUUUAAAUAAUGCUGAAGAAUGCGGAGGACCGUAUUGCGACAUCCUUUUCUCCUCCUAUUUCCUACGCAUUCUCUUUAUACCCUAAAGUUCGUGUGCAACAGUAGAGUAAAUUGCCAAUCAAAUCUACAGAGUGACAUAAGGAACUUUUAGUAUGGAAAAUAGUAUGGAAUAUUCUUCACUGCGACAGAAACAAGAAGGAAAAGUAAAUUUCAAGGACCCGAUAAAAUAUUACGUGGAAAACAGAAAUCUAAAUAGUAAUAAGAAAAAUAAGAAGAAUCUAGGGAAUCAUGUGACGCAGAUGAUUCGGAAGUUUAAUAAUAUAAAAAGAAAAAGAAUGAGAAGAAGAAACGUAUUGUAUCUUUAUGACAAGAUAAAUAUCUACAAGGAAAAAACAAGAAAAAGAUUAUUAAUGCUUGAUGUGUCAUAUUGAUUUUUGAAAAGAAAGGUCUUCAGAAUAGAAAACGAAAUAAAUUACCGAUUUGAAUAAGAGUGAGAAAAGAACAAAGAUACGAGUCUAGUAUACAUGUUUAAUAGAUGUACUACAACGUGAAUUAAUUUCGUUAUUUUUCCGGAGAUUUUCAGAAGUAAUAUUUUGUUAGCCCAGAAUUGACGAUUUCAAAGAGAAAAGAGAAGAAGAUAAAUGAACCCAGAUAGCAAAUGUUCUUCGCAAUCAUAUCAUAUGCUGCAAUCAGAAUUGCAGCGACUGAGUCUGCAUUUGUUGGCAAGCUGAUGCAUUCACGAUAUGAUAAUUUUUGGAUAGCAACUUGCCAGCGACAUGACGGCAACUUUAAAAUCGUCUGCAUCAAAAUUUUUGCUAUUAUGUUGUGUCAUUGUAAUAAUUUAUAGGAUCUGACAACGUGAGGUAACUUUGACGCUGCUGUAUUGCCAUUAAACUAUCGGCCAUACAUAUAUGCAAUGCUUUCUACGUAUUACUUCAAUGUUGAUGCAUUCGAAAUCGUCGAAAGUAAGGUGGUCAGCAAUUUUGCUUGGAUACACUUUGUCGUCUGGAAAUGAAUCGCUACUUGUUAGAUGUUCUGAAAUAAGUGCUGAAAGAAAAAAAAAUGACAUGUUUCCCUAUUUAUUCUGGGUACAAAAUUUAUUCUUCCAGGCAAUCGUUCGCACAAUCGCAUCGAUGAGAUAUCACGGAAUAGCUCGUACGCUGCGAACGAUAUUAUUCAGCAAAGGAAUUCUUUCUGUAUAGCUUAUCUUAUCUUAAGGUAAAAUUGUCGGAGAACAGGCGCUUAUUGUUCCGAUUAGUCGUUAAUGAAUUUUAGAUCGUUGCUGUUGAUAAACGUUGCGCUUCCGCGUCCGUUUUCGUCGCACAUCUUUCUUCCCUAACAACAGUGCGAAAGUCCGACAGCUCAAGUUUGACUUUUUGGAUUUUCGCAUUGCUCGAAGUUAAAGAUAACACUUAACGAUCGAUCGUACGUACGUACGUGAACCGGCGAUUUCCUUUACUUCAACGUCGGCACGAGUAUUUUCUUUAUUCCAAGAUUUUCCUUAGGCCCCGUAUCCCUUAUUUUAAUCUCACAUGCAACUUCAAAUUUAUUGGUAUCGGCAGAGUCUCGACCAUAACACAAAAGAAAUUAAUAAGAAUACGAAAAGGUCUUUGGAAACAAAAUAGAUUGUUUGUGCUGGCGACUUUCAAGAAAUGCAGAAUGAAUCUUUUCACUCUUCUUAGUCACGAAAUUCAAGUCUAGAGAGAAAGGGUUUAGAAAUAGAGAGCUCAGUUAGGGAAAUUUGGAAUACAGGAAACAAAGGAGCCCUGUAUCUUAUAAAAUCGUUAAUUGUAUUGCAUCACGGCGUAUUAUGCGACUGCCUGAGCGAACGAGCGCAGAUCUAGGUACAAAUGUUUAUAAAUAAGAUGUGUACAAUCCCGUAAAUAAGAUAUGGUCACCUCUCUAUUUUUCGAUCUAGUAGAAAUCUGAGAGAAAGAGAGAAUAAUGGAAAAAUGAAGCAGAGCGUUGAGAGAAAGAGCCGAAUGUCGGCAAGGCGGUUCUCGUAUAGAUUAUUUUUGCGGAUGAAAAAGGAAGUAGCUUCGUCGUGGCAUCGGGAUUGGAAAAAAAAAAACGGGAAUCAAAAGUGUAAAGUUAGAGAAAUUAAUGAACUGUAUAUUAUACAUAUGUGCGCGUGGACGUGUGCACGUCCCCUAUUUUUUCUCGUCGUUGAAUUUCGUUCUUUGUACUAAGCGUAAGAUAGCGAAGGAGAGGCAGAAAAAGAGGGAGCAGAAUCAUGUAUAUAUGUGUGUGUGUGCGCGCGCGCGCACAUACACAUACAUACAUACAUAUAUAUUAUGAUGUGAAAAAGGAAAUAAUUAUAAAAUGAAAAUAUGAAGAGGAUUGUACAUGUGUAUCGAAUAUACGACAUAAAUUAAUUUCUAUAGGGCAGAAGAUAUACGUACAUCUUCUUCGUUGCCCUGCGGAAAUUGAGAGGCAUAUGUAAAGCUUUAAUAAUAAAAAUUAUCCCUUUUUAUAUAAA